AUGGGUAGGUUUAGAGAAGCAUUGGAGAUGGGAGGUUUGUUUGAUUUAGGGUGGAAGGGUGAUAAAUAUACUUGGAGUAAUAAGCAUGGGGAUGAGACUUUCACAAAAGAGAGGCUUGAUAGAGCAGUAGCUAAUAUAAGGUGGAAAAGGAUGUUUAAGGAAGGGUGGGUAGAAGUUCUGGCAGCUAGGUGCUCUGACCAUAGACCUAUCUUACUUUAUGUGAACCAGAAAUUUUCAAGUGAAAGGAAGAGGAAGAGGUUGUUCAGAUAUGAGGCCAAAUGGUCUUUGGAGGAAGAUUGUGAAGAAGUUAUAAAAAGAGCUUGGCAAGUGAAAACAAUGGGUAGGGACACAGAAAAGGAUCUGCAGUUGCUACUGGAAGACAGUAGAGAAGCCUUUCAAAGCUGGAGCAGGAAGAUUACUCUAGAUAAGGGGAGACUUAUAAAGGAAAAAACAGAAAGGCUUAAAAAAUUACAAGAAGAUGAAGGGAGUCACAAUAUGAUGGAGAUAAAGAAAAUACAAGAGGAGAUAGGGACCUGUCUUGAGAUGGAGGACUUAAAGUGGAGGCAAAGGGCCAAGUUGGAUUGGUACAUUCAUGGGGAUUGA